AUAUUUGUUACUUUUUAAUAUUUGGUUUAAAAAUAACAGAGUUUUUCUGUGCCCUGUGCUGGACUGGACACCAUCACUUCCAUCAAUAGCUGGGAUAGGCUCCAGCAACUACGUGACUGUGAAAAGGAUUCAGGGGCUUCUGACCCCCCAUGGACUCACAGAACUGUUUCAGCACCAACUGUCUUCAUAGAGGACGGAGGUCUUAACAGCUCUAACUCUUCUCUAAAGCUUUGUCUUUACUGAAGCUCUUUAAUCUGAUGGUUUGUUUCACUUUGUCCCUCGUUGACAUUCCUAAUGUUGAUCUUAUUGUUCAGAAUAUUUAAGAAAAACUCUGAUGGUUCAGUGGAAAUGGAAGAAAAGCAGCUUCAGAGAUCAGAGAUUAUUAAAGCAAAGCAGAUUCUCUCCUUCAGGAACAGACAUGGAGAAGCUGCCUGAAGAAAUCCUCAAGUUUUGAGAUGAGAUUUUGGAUCUUAAACAAGUUAAAAAAAAAAAAACUUGAAAUAAAGUCCUAUAAAGCGAUUCAGCUCGUUUGGACUAAAGCUUCAGCCUUUGAGGUUUGGGGAUUUAUCCUAACAAUAAAAUGCUUCUUUUCCCCUAAAACAUGAGAGAAAAAUGGAACUCAGAAUCCAAACACAUGUUCUUUACAACACUGUGAUCCCAUUGGCUGCUGGCUAUGAAUUGAGGAGCUCUGAACCAAUCAGGAGCAUGUGAUGGAUGACUAUUUACGCUGAUGAGCACGAGCCAGCUUCACUUUCUCAGCCUUCAUCGGACUGUCAACUCCUCAGGAUGCACAGCAAAGACCAGAUCAGCCAUGACGACUACCAGAAGACUGCUGAUUGGUUGAUGUCUCGGACCAAGCACCGCCCUCAGGUGUCCAUCAUCUGUGGCUCCGGACUGGGCAUGCUCGCCGACAGCCUGGAGUGUCAGGAUCAGUUUAGCUACUCUGAUAUCCCAGGCUUCCCUCAAAGCACAGUGCAGGGUCACGCUGGCCGGUUGGUCUUUGGGGAGCUGAAGGGAAAGUCGUGUGUUUGCAUGCAGGGUCGUUUCCACAUGUAUGAAGGACACUCGCUGCUGAAGACAACGUUCCCCAUCCGAGUCUUCAAGCUGAUGGGAGUGCAGACGCUGAUCGUGACCAACGCCGCCGGCUCAGUGGCGGACCAUCUCCAUCCAGGUGACAUCAUGAUCAUCAAAGACCACAUUAACUUCCCCGGACUGGUUGGUCUGAACCCACUUCAUGGGCCUAAUGAUGAAAGGUUUGGCCCCCGCUUCCCCGCCAUGUCAGGCUGCUACAACAGAGAGCUGCGGUCCCUGGCCCAUGAGAUCAGCAAACAGCUUGACAUCGCCGGUCUUGUGCAGGAGGGAGUCUACGCCAUGGUAGGAGGCCCCAACUUCGAGACCAUUGCCGAGGCCAGGAUGCUGCAUCGCAUGGGCGUGGAUGCAGUCGGUAUGAGUACAGUACCAGAGGUUGUCGUGGCGUCUCACUGCGGCCUGCAAGUCUUUGGUCUGUCUCUGAUAACUAACAAGGUGGUGAAAAGUUACGACGAUUCCGACUGCGUGAAUCAUGAUGGCGUCUUGGAGGUCGGACGUCUACGAUCUCAGACGGUUCAGCAGUUGGUGACAGAAGUGAUCAGCAGAAUGGAGAUCAAUAACAACAUUGAUAGGAUGAGCAAUGCUGUCUGAAUGUGCACACAGACACACACAAGCAAACAUAAUUGUCCUGCACAUUUAAGUGCAUUAUUAUAUAUAAACAUUAUUUUAUCGUUAAUUUCUUUCAUAUUGUUGGUUCGUUGCUCUAACAGAAACAUUAUUUUUGUCUCCUUGAAGGCUGUAUUAGGAUGUAGUAACCAAUGUUUACCUCUAAUGUUUAAAUGUCUUCAUUCACACAAAGCUGUGAUUAUAAACCUCUGAAAAUGUUGUUUAAAGGUUGUAAGUAUUGAAUUUUAUUUUGUAAAAAAUUUUAAUUUUAUCUAAUUAAAUGGUUGCCAUACGCUGUUUCAUCCAUCCAUCCAUCCAUUCAUCCAUCCAUCCAUCCCUCCCUCUACUGAACUUGCUGUAUUACACACACACCCCCACACACAUUUAAAACAAAAACACGUGACCACUCUUUGUUAAUCAUCCUGCAUGCGUUUCAUGGGGUUGCUGGAGCCUAUGCCAGUUACUGUUGGGUGAUGGUGGGGUUCAUCCUGGACUGGUCACCAGUCUCUCACAGGGACACACUUAGGGACAAUCUGGAAUCCCCAGUGAAUCUGGACUGUGGGAACUACACAAAGGGAGGAUCCAGAUAGGAUUUGAACCAGGACCUUUUCACUAUAAGGAGAGUGCUAACCACUACAACACCCCCUCACAGUUUACUAUAGACGGGAACGUUUUCUGGGGCUGAAGCUUGAAGUAUUUCCUGAAAGAACCCAGUCAGAAGUUAUAGUAGAGAUCAUCAAAUGUACUUGAUAUGAAAGCUCCUGGAUGUACCAGAAACAGUGUAAGUGCAGAGCUGACCGAGCCGCUCCGACCGUGUGGAGGAGCUCACGAAGCAGGAAAUGAGAGAAACCAGAAGGAUGACGGUGUUAUCAUGGAAGCAGGACGCUAGAAAAGGUCAUACACAUUUGUAUUUGAACACAGAACAGUUGAUGGAGAAUGUUUUCUUUUGAAAAUCCAAACAGGAAGAGGCUGAAAGUUUAAGGCAGAGAAGGACUGAAUCUUCAGGUCCCAGCUUGAGCCUCUGAGAACUCGGCUUUAGGAGCUAAAACAGCAUUAUUGUAGUUUGGUGUGACGAUGAACGAGCAGCUGCCCUUUGACCUCUUCGUCCUUUCAGUUCUGCUUCUAAUCGUUGGUCUGAUGGUGGUCCUCCUUCUGUGCUGCGUCCUGAGAAACCUCAGAAACAGAUUCCUCGGAAACGUCACAGAGAUGCAGAUCUCAACAGGAAAACCCAGAAGACAACUGACCAUCCGAGCACAGCCAGACAAUGCUCAGCAGCUCCUGGACCGACUUCUGGACAGAGUUCUUCUCCAGGAGGAGAGCAAACCAGAUUCUGGAGAAGAAGCCAUCGAAGGACAACAAGACUCUGAUGUCACCGUCCAGAAUCAAACCGACAACCUCCCUGCCCAGCAGAUGGAGGCGUGUCCUCGCGGCUCUGACUCCAGUUAGGUUGCAUCCAACAGAGGGAAGGACAAACACCCAUGAGACAAAAAUCCACCAUCAGUCCUUUCAGACGGGACAUUUGUUUCUAAAAUAAAUCUUUCAGGAAGAUUUACUGACAAAAACCUUCA